UUGUGGUUGAGUUGGGAAACUUUUGGCUUUGGAAUCUUUGGAUUUGGUGUUGUGGUUAAGGAGAUAUGAAUUUUUCUUUACUGACUGCCCAAAACUGAUGAAAUCCGGGUACCUUGACAUCUUGAGGUGUGUUGUCACCAAGUUUCAUCAUACUUGGAGUUGGUUUGGUCGGGUUUUCAAUAGCAAACAUUUCAUACUGAUUUCUGAAUUUGGCUGUUUGGUUCUGAUUUGCCUCCUGUCUUGUGCACACAUCAAUAUUACUAGUAGUUGUUGCGGUGUUUUUGGGGUUAUGUGUAGAAAGCAUGCAAGGAGAGGGUCAAGAAUUGAGGACAAUUCUUUUUCCAAGAAGGGGAGAUUGAACCAUAUUGGUUCAGAUCUUGGUAGCUUGGCAAUAAGUGGAAGAAUGGACGUGUGUUGUUCAACCAUAUGCACAUGCAUCUCCCAAGUUAUUCUGAUUCUGCACUUAGUAAUUCACCCAUGGAUCUUGAAUGUAAUGAGAGCCAAGACAGCUAGGAAGGGGGGGAUGUCCCGAGCUAACCCACACACUUUGGGAGACAUGAAGGAUAAAAAUGGAAUCUCUAUACUUGGAUCUUUCCAUCAAGACCUUAAUUGCCUCUUAUCCAUCACGGGAAGACCCAAAGAAAUGGAGCUGAAGGUCGAGUGUUCAGCGGAUAGUGCAGCAAAAUAA